AUGGUACUACUUGACAAGAGGAAAGAGGUGCUGCGUUUGUACCGCGAGGUCCUGCGCUCCACGGGCAUGUUUUCCCACUGCAAUGAACAAGGACAGCCUUGGUCCUCUAUACUCCGUAAAAACGCGUGCAUGGAGAUCGAGCAGAAUCGCUACGAGACGGAUAGCGAAGCUAUUUCGAAGCGCAUUCUCUUUGGCUGGAAGUGUCUGCAAGAAGUCCAGGAAAAGAUGAGAGAAAAGCAGCAAGAACUGGCAAACGAUGAUACGAAAUCCUCACAACAAUGA